CUGAAAUUAAAUAUAAAAAGAAGACUUGUCUCCCACUCUGAGCGAGUCAAGAGUGUAGAGCUGCACCCUACUGAACCCUGGAUGCUGACUAGCUUAUAUAAUGGACAUGCAUACAUUUGGAACAUUGAAACUAAGCAAGUGAUAAAAACCCUAGAUGUGAGUAAUUUGCCAGUUAGAGUGGCCAGAUUUAUUCCCAGGAAAAACUGGAUCGUAACUGGCUCAGAUGAUGCCCUUGUUCGUGUUUUUAAUUACAAUACAUUAGAAAAUGUCGUGCAGUUUGUGUCUCAUAUGGACUUCAUCCGCAGCAUAGCUGUCCAUCCAACACUGCCAUACAUCCUCACAACUGGAGAUGAUGGCACAAUCAGGUUGUGGAACUGGGAAAAGAAAUGGGCCAGGAUAAAAGAAUAUAGAGGCCAUACAUAUGUUGUCAUGCAGGUUGUCUUCAACCCUAAAGAUAACCACCAGUUUGCCACAGCAUCCUUAGAUAAAACAGUAAAGGUUUGGCAGCUAGGAGCAUUAACUCCUAACUUCUCUUUAAAACAUGAUAAAGAUGUAAACUGCUUGGACUACCAUCCAGGAAAUGACAAGCCAUAUAUAGUAACAGGAGAAGAUGGGGGUGCUGUAAAGAUCUGGGACUACCAGACCAAGUCAUGUGUCCAGACACUGCAGGUUCAUACAAAAGAUGUCAACACAGUGCUCUUCCAUCCUUCUCUUCCCAUCAUCCUCUCUGGUGGAGCUGAUGGAACUGUUCGCAUGUGGCACUCCAGCACUUACAGGCUUGAGAAAACAUUUAACUUUGGCCUGGAGAGAGUCUGGAUGAUAGCAUGCCAGAGGGAGUCCAACAAUGUUGCCAUUGCUUUUGAUGAAGGCUGCAUGGCUAUAGGGAUAGGUCAGCAGGAGCCCCCCAUGUCCAUGGACCAGUCAGGCAGAAUACUCUGGGCCAAACACUGUGAGAUCCAGCAAGCAAACAUCAAGUCUAUGGGAGACCAGCCUGUCAAGGAUGGAGAAGUUCUUGUCCUUGCCAUUAAAGACAUGGGCAGCUGUGAGAUCUACCCACAAGCCAUUUCCCAUAACAGCAAUGGAAGAUUUGCUGUGGUGUGCGGUGAUGGUGAGUACAUAGUCUACACAGCUAUGGCCCUGAGGAGCAAAUGUUUUGGGACUGCGCAAGAGUUUGUCUGGGCUGAUGACUCAUCUACCUAUGCCAUAAGAGAAGGGAAUUCAACUAUAAAAAUCUUCAAAAAUUUUGUGCAGCACAAGUCUUUCAAGCCAGCUGUAACUGCAGAAGGUAUAUUUGGUGGUCAUCUACUUGGUGUAUGUACACCCAAUGUACUCACUUUCUAUGACUGGGAUAGCUUAGCACUUGUUAGGAAAAUUGAAAUCAUCCCAAAACAUAUAUUCUGGAAUGACAGUGGUAAUUUAGUCUGCAUUGCCACUGGAGAAUCUUGCUUUAUUUUAAGAUUUAAUUCUGAAGUUUUGGAGAAUUCAAAUUUGGAUCCAGAAAAAAUAACUGAGGAUGGAAUAGAAGACGUUUUUGAGGUUUUAGAAGAAAUGAGUGAGAUAGUCAUAACAGGUGUAUGGGUAGGGGACUGUUUUAUCUACACCAGUAGUAUCCACAGAAUUAAUUACUUUAUCGGAAGGGAAACUAUAACAGUGGCUCAUUUAGACAGGCCCAUGUACAUCCUGGGAUACAUCGCUAAGGACAACAGACUGUAUCUAGGGGACAAGGACCGUAACAUUGUCAGCUAUUCCAUCCUGCUGUCAGUGUUGGAGUACCAGACAGCUGUCAUCAGGAGAGAUUUUGAAAAUGCUGACAAAAUUCUACCCACAGUUCCUAUAUCUCAGCGGAGCCGUCUGGCUCAUUUCCUUGAGAAUCAGGGCUUUAAAGCUCAGGCCUUAGCACUGACAGUAGAUCCUGAUCACAAAUUUGAUCUUGCUCUUCAACUAAAAGAUCUCAAGACAGCUUAUGCAGUGGCCAAGGAAAGUGAAUCAGUGGACAAAUGGAGGGAGUUGUCCAACCUGGCUAUGAAACAGUCAGACUUCAGACUGGCCAAGGAAUGUUUGCAGAUGUCACAGGAUUUUGGUGGACUUUUGUUGUUAGCCAGCAGUUCUGGCAGUGUUGCUGAUGUUGCCAGUUUGGCCAGGGAUGCGGAUGAGGCUGGAAAAAAUAAUGUUGGAUUUGUGGCCCACUUUGUCCUGGGAAGGUAUGAGGACUGCCUUGAAAUUCUGCUUAAAACUAAUCGCAUUCCCGAGGCAGCAUUAUUUGCCAGAAGUUAUCUCCCUUCUCAAGUUACGAGAGUUGUAACUUUGUGGAGGCAGUUGAUGUCUAAAGAAAACAAAAGAAUAGCCCUGGCAAUAGCUGACCCAACAGAGUAUGAGAACCUGUUCCCUGAGUUCAAGGCUGCACUUAGUAAGGAAAGUUUAAGACAAACUGGCAAGUGUAAAUCUACUGAUGCAACUGACCUACAGACCACUCUGACACCUAAUAGAACCUCAGUUAAACAGAACACCACAGAUACAGAAAGUCACAGCACUACAGAGGCAGAAAAUGACUUAACAGAUUUUGAAAAUGUGACUAAAAAUGUCAGGUCAAGCUCUGAAGAUAGUGAGGAGGAGGGAGGGUUUAUCAAGAUUCCAGUUGGAGCUGAAAAAAAGGUUAUAAAGAAUCUUUGA